GUGGGUUGCAGGUGUGGUGGCGGUCCCGAGUUUCUAGUCAGGCAGGAGCGCGAGACUUAAACUCCCCGCCCCCUCCGCUCCUCCUCUUCUCCAGUAGUCGCCGCCUCGUCGUAUGGACGAUGUAAGCCGCGAGGGGUUAAGCUGCCGAGGCGGGCAGCCAUGGCCACAACCCGGCGAUAAACGCGUCGCGGAACGCUCUGGAGCCUGCCUCUCUCGGCCUCGUCCCGUCCCCUCUUCCAGGGGGCGUGUUCGCGCGUGGGAGAGUCAGAGGGAAGCCUUCCUUGUUUCUCUCGCCUUCGGAGCGCCGCCAUGUCCAGCUCCUCCUCGCAGACCCCUCCUCACCACCAGCCCCCGCAGAGGAUGCGCCGUGGCGCCGCCGGGUCCCCUACCAGCGGUAACGCCGGAGUUUCGGUCGGUACUAAUGGGUCUGGCGGCGGAGGAAACAGCGGUGGCGGCGGAGGCGCCCCCGGUGGCGGCGCUGGGACUAGCCGGCUGCUCCAGCCGAUCCGUGCCACGGUCCCUUUCCAGCUCCUGAGGGGCAACCAGCACAGCCCGACUCGCUUGCCGACCUCCUCAGCCUCAGUGGGGAGUAAUACCGGCCCAGGAGGGCCGCGCGGCGCAGGGGGAGGAGGCGGGAACGGCGGCAGCCCGCCUCCGCCAGGCUCUACUUCGCCGUUGGCUCUGGCGGCGGCUGUUGCUGCCGCCGCCCCGCCGGGAGCAGGCGGGGUGGUAGAGCCGAGCAGGGUGAAGGUAAGACAGAGGCGCUCGCCCGACAGUAGCAGCACCGCUACCACUACCAACGGCGGCAGGCGGAGGAGCAGCUCACCUGAAAGAAGGAGCCCCAGUUCGCCCAUAUAUAGAGUGGACAGGCCAAAAGCCCAGCAAAUUAGGACUUCUAAUACCAUAAGACGGACCUCUUCGUUGGAUACAAUAACAGGACCUUACCUCACAGGACAGUGGCCACGAGAUCCCCAUAUACAUUAUCCUUCAUGCAUGAAGGACAAAUCCACUCAGACACCUAGCUGUUGGGCAGAAGAGGUAUUAGAAAAGAGAUCACAUCAGCGUUCAGCUUCAUGGGGGAGCGCUGAUCAACUAAAAGAAAUUGCCAAACUGAGGCAGCAGCUCCAGCGCAGUAAACAGAGUAGUCGUCACAAUAAAGAAAAAGAACGUCAGUCACCUCUCCAUGGCAACCAUAUAGCAAUCAGUCAGACUCAGGCUUCUCUCUCAAGAUCAGUCCCUAUGCCACUGUCAAACAUUUCAGUGCCAAAAUCAACAGUCUCACGUGUGCCGUGCAGUGUAGAAGGAAUAAGCCCUGAAUUAGAAAAAGUGUUCAUCAAAGAAAACAGUGGAAAGGAGGAAGUGUCCAAGCCCUUGGAUAUUCCUGAUGGUCGGAGAGCACCCCUACCUGCUCACUAUCGUAGCAGCAGCACACGAAGCAUUGACACACAAACACCUUCAGUCCAGGAACGCAGCAGCAGCUGUAGCAGCCAUUCUCCAUGCAUUUCUCCCUUUUGUCCUCCUGAAUCUCAAGAUGGGAGUCCUUGUUCUACAGAAGACAUGCUGUAUGACCGUGAUAAAGACAGUGGGAGUAGCUCACCGUUGCCCAAGUAUGCCUCCUCUCCUAAGCCCAACAACAGCUACAUGUUCAAACGAGAGCCCCCAGAGGGAUGUGAACGAGUGAAGGUCUUUGAGGAAGUGUCGACUCGUCAGCCUGUCUCAACCCCCCUCUUUUCAUGUCCUGACAAAAACAAAGUUAACUUCAUCCCAACUGGAUCAGCUUUCUGUCCUGUAAAACUCUUGGGUCCUUUACUCCCUUCUUCUGACCUGACUCUCAAAGGCUCUCCGAACUCUGGUCAAAGCACACCUCUGAGUACUCUGACUGUGGAGCAGCUUUCUUCUCGGGUUACUUUCUCUUCUCUGUUGGAUGACACCAGCACAAUGGACUCUCCAGAGGUCUUAGUACAACAGCCAUCCCAGCAAUCACCCCAGCUUUUGCAGGAACUACAGCCUGAGGAACACUCUCCUCAAAACUAUGUUGUAAUCUAGAGGAAAAUAGACUGUCAGUCUAAAACCCAACUGCAUGAGUGGCAACGUUUCCAGGAAAAGACAAAAGCUACUUAUCAGCAUCUUUCUAUAUUUCAAAGCUCUUCUUGGCAGGGACAGAAAUGCUCUGAUUCAGCAGAGGUUUUUUUUGUGUUGGUGGGGCGGGUAGCAGAGUGCUUGCAGAAUCUAUGUAUCAUUAAGCAUUUUAAGUGGAGACUAUGCAUUUCAUAGAAUGACCAGAGUAGUACUGUGUCCUGUGUUUUCUUUUUAAAAUUCUACAGUAUAAAUAAGCUCUGUAUCAAACAAAGGUUGCCUGUCUAAAUAGAAAAUGUCUUGCUGUGUUUUGUUCUAUAGAAGAUACUGUACUUCAGGAUUAUGUUUACAAUUUAUCCAGGUAUUUAUGUUUUGAAUUUCUGUAAUACAUUCAAUGCAAAAAAAAAAAGAAAAAACCCAAAAAGAAAAAAAAACGGCCACAACAGUUGCACAGUGCCCGCUCGAGGGCCUAGCUUCAGGUACUUCUCUUGAAGUCUAAAACUCAGGUAACUUGGAAUGUAUGUCAUACUGGGAUAUAAAAUAUUUUACAGCUAAAAAGCUAAAGAGGGAACAUCACUCUUCUGCCUUUUUAUUAUUUUAUGCAUUAAUAUUUCCUCAUUACAUUCCACUUCUUUGGGGAAAAAUGCAUUCAGAUCCAGGGGAGUGAGUGCUCUGGACAUGGGUGAACAUGAGGAAAACCAGCAAAUUCGUGGUGUACAGCAUCACGUCAUGUGGUUACGCGUAAAACAACGGUUGCAUUUCAUUUCAUUGUGAAAAUUAUGGCAUUGAAAAGUUUCAGGUGUUGCACAGUUAAUGACUGUUAAGCUGUUAUGAAUAAAAGUGUUCAGUACGACACUGUACGUAAGAGACAUUCCAUGGUGUGUGUGUGAGAGAGAGAGAGAGAGACCGAGACCCAAGGCAAGAAUGUUUUCGUUUGAUUUCCGCAGAUUUUCCAGGUUUGGGAGGUUGGUGAGAUUUUCCUCUCAAGCUUGUGCUGGUGAGUGAAGGUCGUGAAAUGCUACUGUUACAAUAUUAAGAGUCUAAUUAACAUUUAGUUUCUCUUUUGAGGAAAUAGUGAUUUGUGUUUUGGUUGCAAAAAAGAUUCUCAAUUCUUUUGACAAGCAAUGAAUGAUAAACUUUGUUUUAUCUAUAGAGUGGGCAUAUUGCACCUGGAUUAAGAAAAAUCUCUUAAGCAGCAUAUAAAGUUGUAUUUAAAACAGCAAAACAAAAAGUGGGGAAAAAAGCAAUAGUUGUUAAGUUAUACUAUCUAUUCAAAGUCUUUCUAGUGCCCUAGUAAAUUCCUUUCACAUUAGACAGACUGUGCUGGAGUUUGUCUUCACAGGGGCUGCGUACCCACGGAGCAUCCAGCUGCAUUUCUUUACUGCCACGCAGCUGUGAGAGCAGUGGUUUUGGAGGACCCCAAAGGCAAGAGGCAUUUAAUAUCCCCGUGUCUGUGCUUUCGGCUCUGUGCAAGUAGCUUUUUGCAAGAAGGCUUGACUCUUCUAUUCAGAAAUGGAAAAAAGUUGAUAUGACUGCAGCUGCUGCAGUGUUUAUGCCCGUUCCGUUACUUUCUUUUGAGGACAACUUGGGCGUGGGAAGAAGGGGAAUAGUAAAAAGGCCUCAAUGAAAGGUACCUAAGAAAAGUCAUGGAAAAUAAGUAGCUGCUAUAUGUUGUUGUAUGGCUUCCUUUGUAUUAUUACCAAAGAGUUUGGUAAAAACUUUUUAGGGAGGGUAGACCAGCGGCGCUUGUACAGUUGUUGUAUGACUGUAGAAGCAUGCUGAGUGAAAGUUAAAGAUCAGUUACUUUCACACAGUAAGUUUUGUUUUGUUUUUUCCUUUCAGGAAAAGGCAUCUAUCUAUAAUCUUGCUAAACUCAGGCUUUGGUGAAAGCACUAUAAUUUGUAUGUUAAAGCAUAAGGGAAGAGCAUUCAAUUCUUCUGACAAGUGUGCAUUCUUAUAAAGUUUUAAGUGUUAAAGUGCAUUUCCAUUUUUAUUCUUGGGUUGUUUCCAAAUGUAACAAUAGCUUGGUUCUUAAUGUUAGGGUUUAUGGAAAGCUCUGCCAGGUUAGAUCAAGAAUGAAUUCUGGUGUACAAUAUUUACAGUGAUACUGCUUGUUAUGUUGUUUCAUAAGAAGCUAAAUAUUAAUUAUCACUUCCAUUUGUUCUUAGCUGAUUGGAAAAUUCUGAAUAAAAUGUAUUAAAACAAA